CCCUGCAGGGCUAUGUGCCUGGCUGCAGGGCAUGUUUCUCCAGCCAAACCUGGACUCCUUGAUUGACUUAAGCACCAACAACUGAAGAAAGCUCAGGAUGCAUCACUGCACGUAGUCUCACUAAGCUGGAGUGCUGUGGCAUGUGGCAUGUAAUCUCAGCUCACUGCAAAUUCUGCCUCCCGGGUUCAAGUGAUCAAGCCUGAGCGAGCUGUGUUCUGGCUGCGGAAAUGGAUCAUCCUCAGACUGGUGAGCCUUGUGGACAGCCUGCACCUAGGGAUGGAGGAGGCCUUGACGGAGGAGGUGGCCAGAAGCCCACAUCCCAGAUCCCUGAGACAAGGCAGCAGCUCUCCCUCCCUUUGGAAUGCCAGGCCCAAGAGACCGUCAGCAGCACCUUCUUCAGGUACCAAAGAUCACACAGUUGUCAAGAUGCCCUGCACAGGCACACACUCCGCCACUUCAGUCCCUGGAGUCCAGGGCUGUCCCGUCAGUCCCCUACAGAGAGCUGUGACCUGCUGGGUGACAUCCAGACCUACAUCAGAAACAGCCUGGGAGAGAGAUGCCAUAGGAGCCGCACCAAGGCCAUUGAUCCCCAGGAGCUGCCAUGGGUAGAGGUGCUGGUGGAGAUCCUGCUGGCCCUGCUGGCCCAGCCCAGCCACCUCAUGUGUCAAGUGGCCCAGAGCAUGUUCGACCACGUCUGCUCCCACCUGACCCCGCGUGCCCUACAGCUGAUUCUGGAUGUGCUGAACUCGGAGACCAGUGAGGAUGAGGAUGACCAUGUGGUGGUGAUGGACAAGUCUGAUGAGCAGCAGCUGAAGGUUGCAGAGGAAAAGCACGAGGAUGGUGAGGAGAGCAGAGGCUCAGAGAGUGAAGAUGAGAGCGAUGUUGGGGACAAGAUGUGGACCAGGGCUUCUGGGUACAGCUGA